GUCCUGCCUUCCCUCCCAUCUCAGCCUUCCACUCACAGCGGGAAAGGAAGCUAUAGGCUUCUCUGCGGGGAGGUGCUUUCUGACCGAGGGAUGGAGAAAGCAAGCCGCUGGGUGUGGGCGGUGCCUCGGAGGCCAAAUGCAAGGCGGAGGGAAACGAGGCGAGAGAAAGCGAAGAGCCCAACGCCCGCCUUGCUCAAUCGGCGGCAAGCUUGGCUGGGGGUGUCUUGGUGCGGCGCUUCCUUAGACUGCAGGCGCGGGGCUGGCUUACUACCUAGGGAGGAAGGCGUUUUCAUUAAGGAAUUCCUGCCAUAAAGAAAAACGAACCUGAUGCAAAUCGUGUGCACGGAAGUUGCUGUGCGGCAUGGUAACAUAUCUUGGAACUGGAUUCAUUAUCAGCAGGGGAAAGGAACGCUGAAGGCACAGGUGGUUCCUUUGAAAAAGAGAAGUUGUGGUUUCUAAAAGCAGCUUUCUGCGCUAACAUCAGGCUUCUGGGCUCACACCAAGUUCUCAAAUAUGAUAACAAGCAAUCUUACGACCUACUCAGCUUUCUCUUCCAAGGUCUGUGCAUGAAUGGCAUUGGAAUGUGCUGAAGAAAUGCAUGGCAGCUGCUUACUGUCUUGAAAACUGGAAAACUUUGGUCUGACUAUGUUUAAAGAUCCUAGUAUUUCAUUUCCCUGAAAACUCUUAGGCAACGAGUGCUUUCCAUUUAAUUAUAGAAAAGGACUUGCUCUUCUGUGCCAGCUCACAUCCAUAAUUGAGCUUCUACUUUUAUUCAUGGGAGCUAUCUAUUUGCUUGAUAAAUCUAACAUGUGAGCCUGUAGCUUACCAGUUUUUAGCUACAGCAGCUGUUGCAGCUGGACAUGAAAAGAAACAUAACAAAGGCAAGGAACCUACUUCAGAGAAAUGCAGACAGAAGACUGAAGCUGGAACUUGAUCAUGUAUACGAAGAAAGUUUCUUAGAUGCAUGGAAGGUUCCAAACACUCUUUGAAAUGCUGAGAAGGAAAUUUUGUCACUGUCAUAUUCUACGCUUCAAGCUUCUCCUGGUAUUGAUUUUUACAGUGGGCACCUUGUCCUUGAUCAAAAUUCAUCAGAAGACAACCUACUCACAUCACAGGCAUCUGGAGCUGACUGGUGAAUACCUGAAUAAUGUCAACUGCUCCAAGAUAUUGCAGGGAGAUCUGGAGGAAAUUCAGAAAGUGAAGUUGGAGCUCUUAACUGUUUCCUUUAAAAAGAGUCCAAAACUAACUGCAAAUGAUUACAUGAACAUGACAACAGAUUGCACCUCUUUUAUUAAGAGGCGAAAGUAUAUUAUGGAGCCUCUUAGCAAAGAAGAAGCUGAAUUUCCUAUUGCAUAUUCAAUAGUGGUUUACCACAAAAUUAAUAUGCUUGAUAGACUUUUGAGAUCCAUUUAUGCGCCUCAGAACUAUUACUGCAUACAUGUUGAUAAGAAGUCCCCAGAGUCUUUCUUGGCUGCAGUGAAGGGGAUUGCUUCAUGUUUUGACAACGUCUUCAUUGCCAGCCAGUUGGAGAGUGUAGUAUAUGCUUCAUGGAGCAGAGUGCAAGCAGACCUCAACUGCAUGAAGGAUCUCUACAGGAGGAGUACAAGCUGGAAGUACUUGAUCAAUCUUUGUGGUAUGGAUUUUCCAAUCAAGACUAACCAAGAAAUAAUAGAGAAGCUAAAAGCGCUCAAGGGUGAAAAUAGUUUGGAAACAGAGAAAAUGCCUUCAAACAAGGAGAUCCGAUGGAGGAAGCAUCAUGAAGUUGUCGAUGGCAAAGUAAAGAACAUGGGAAUAGAUAAACAACAUCCACCUCUCAAUACCCCCAUUUUCUCUGGCAGUGCCUACUUCGUCGUCAGCAGGAGAUUUGUUGAAUAUGUCCUGGAGAACAGCAAAAUCCUUACCUUUGUAGAAUGGGCCAAAGACACUUACAGCCCUGAUGAAUACUUGUGGGCUUCUAUUCAGCGAAUUCCAGAAGUCCCUGGUGCAGUCUCUGCCAGUGACAAAUAUGACGUCUCUGACAUGAAUGCUCUUGCCAGGUUUGUUAAGUGGCAUUACUUUGAGGGGGAUGUGUCCCAGGGUGCUCCAUAUCCACCUUGUAAUGGAGUUCACAUCCGAUCUGUAUGUGUCUUUGGAGUGGGAGACUUGAACUGGAUGCUACGAAAACACCACUUCUUUGCCAAUAAGUUUGACACUGACAUUGACCCUUUUGCAGUUCAGUGCUUGGAAGAGUAUUUAAGAGACAAAGCUCUGUAUCAGGACAGACACUAAAAUGCAGCGGCCUGCAUAGUGCAAACCCUCUCCCUCUGAUAUCAGCAAUAUAAGAUAUUAAGUAUGUGAUGCACCUUUCUUUUUUACCCUUGCUGUUUUUUUUUGUAGGAUGGUUACUAGCUGAUCAUUUGUUCUGCAUGCUUUCUCUUGGCUUUCUGCUGUUUCCAAACGAUUCCCAUCACAUGCAUUCUGUUGUAACAGAUAGCAGCACAAUGUUGGGUAUAGUUAUUGGAAACAAAGACCUCAGGUUUUCAAAGUUAACACUUCAGAAGAGUUAAGCUGUUAAGAGUUGAACUUCCGUUGCCUUUUUGGAACCCUAUUAGAGAUCUAAAUAAUUUUGAUCCUUGUGUGAUGUGGCUGCAAAGACAAAAUGGGAGGAAGGAAGAGCCAGGACCGAGCAAUCAUCAUAGGACUGGAUAUCAAGGGAUGUCUAGCAGGAGUUUACCAGCAGAUGAAAAGGGAAUUUGGAAUAUGCCAAAGCCACAACUUUUGCAGAGAUUCCAAAUGUAUGUUUUGCGUAGCUGUCUCCAUAGCCAAAUAAUUCCCGCUUUUGCUGAAAAUCCCUGAAGUUUUUAAAACUGCACCAACAAUAUUCACAGCUUUGUAUUUCAAAGAAACCACACAGUUUUAUUUUUAAGCAUAAAUUUUAGGAGUAGGCUGUUUUCUUAAUUAUAUUUUGUAACUGUUCAAAGUUGAUGCAGGAGAAGCCUGACCCUUAAAAUAUUCUCAGGGAAAUAUUAAUGUGCCUCAUUCUGUUAGUCCAAGCAGUUUAUUGUAUACAACAGCUUUUGUAUGUUGGUUGAUAUAUUUUCAGAAUAUUUCCUACAAGUGAGAUUCCAACUUAAUAUUACUAGACUUUCUGAACACCUUAACAUGUAAAUUAAACAAUUCCCUUCAAUUGCAUGAGUGUGAAAUGCUGAAUGGAACAUUCAAAAUUAUAAACCUAUUUCCUGUUGUUUCAAUGAG